CCGCCGCCUCGCGAGCGCUGCCCUCUCGUCGCCGCCGCCGCCGCCGCCGCCGCCGCCGCCGCCAUGAAGACUCCCGGCGAGGUGCUGCGCGAGGGCGAGCUGGAGAAGCGCAGCGACAGCCUGUUCCAGCUCUGGAAGAAGAAGCGCGGCGUGCUCACCCCCGACCGCCUGCGCCUCUUCCCCGCCGGGCCCGGCGCGCGCCCCAAGGAGCUGCGCUUCCACUCCAUCCUCAAGGUGGACUGCGUGGAGCGCACCGGCAAGUACGUCUACUUCACCAUCGUCACCACCGACCGCAAGGAGAUCGACUUCCGCUGCGCGGGCGAGAGCUGCUGGAACGCGGCCAUCACGCUGGCGCUCAUCGACUUCCAGAACCGCCGCGCCCUGCAGGACUUCCGCAGCCGCCAGGAGCGCGCCGCGCCCGCCGCGCCCCCCGAGCCCCGGCCGCCCCGCGCGCCCUGAGCGCCCCGCGGUGAGUGCCGGCCGCCGGGCGGGCCCGGGCGGGGGA